AUGUCUUCAUUAAAUGAUGUAUUUUAUUUCCAAGCUGGACUUGGAGUCCUAGGCAAUGUAUUUCUUCUUUUUUUCUACACAUUCAUAAUCCUGAAUCGUAGACCUAAGCCCAUGGACAUGAUCUCCUGUCAACAGACCUUCAUUCACACAAUGAUGGUCCUCUCUGGAGGGUACUUUUGGCAUACAGACAUAUUUGAGUCACUGAACAUCGAUAAUAGCUUCAAAUGCAAGGUAACUUUCUACAUAUACAGGGUGAUGAGAGGCCUCUCUAUCUGCAACACCUGCCUCCUGAGUGUGUUCCAGGCCAUAACCAUCAGUCCCAGUACUUCUUUGUUGGCAAAAUUUAAGCAUAAACUAACAACAUAUGUGAUCUAUGCUUUCUUAUGUAUUUGGUCUUUCAAUUUGUCAUUCAGUAGUAACCGGAUCUUCUAUGUUGAUGCAUGUACCAACAUGAGUGAGACCAACCAGAUGAGGGUCACUAAAUCCUGUGCACUCUUCCCCAUGAACUACAUAAUUGGGGGACUAAUUUUAACAGUGACAACCUCCAGAGAUGUGUUUCUAAUAGGAGUCAUGCUGACCACAAGCACAUAUAUGGUGAUUAUCUUGUUCAGACAUCAGAGGCAAUGUAAGCAUCUUCAUAGCAUCAGCCACCUGAGAGCAUCCCCUGAGAAAAGGGCCACUCAGACCAUCUUGCUGCUGGUGAUUUUCUUUGUGGUCUUGUACUGGGUGGACUUCACCAUAUCAGUCACCUCAUUCCUGUUAUGGAUGUACGACCCAGUCACCCUGACUGUUCAGAAGUUUGUGAUGAAUGCCUAUCCCACAAUCACUCCAUUAGUACAAAUCAGUUCUGAUAGCAGAAUAAUCAAUAUGCUGAAAAAGAUGCAGUCAAUGUGCCAGCAGAUUGUUAAAAAAGGGUAA